AUGGUUGAAUGUCCAGCUCAAUUUGCAUUCCGAACACGUCACGACAGUCUGACAUUACAAUCAAGCGUGAUUAGUGGGGAUGGUGGUCCUAAAGCCGCUGCCGCCACCAUUACCAUGAAACGUCCACGAUCGUCCUAUUCCAGUCUGCAAUUGGUAGAAUUGGAGAAGGAAUUUCACUAUUCUGCCUACCUUACCCAACAGCGUCGAAUGGAACUGGCUGAACAGUUGAACCUUACUGAGAUGCAGAUAAAAAUUUGGUUUCAAAAUCGAAGGAUGAAACAGAAAAGGGCUUUUGCUUCUUCCAAUCCACCCUAUUCUGUCAAUUUAUCUCGAGGAUUUACGAUUCACUAUAAAAACUUGGGGUUUUUUGAAGAACAACAAUGUAGUCCUCAUUAG